AUGUCAUACACAUUAGAACAAAAAUUACUUUCUUGUACCAACUUGGGAAAAGCCAUAAUAAAAGAAAAAAAUCAUCUUGAUCUUGGACAUAAUUAUAGAUUAGGAAGAAACGGAAUUAUGAAGGAUGAAAAAAAAGCUUUCGAGAUUUAUAAAAAUUUAUCGGAUGAUGGAGAUGUUGAAGCAACAUUUCAACUCGGUUAUUGUUUUGACUAUGGGAUUGGUGUUGAAGUUGACGCAAAUAAAGCUUUCGAAUUAUAUAAAGUUUCGGCUGAUAAAGGAAUUGGCGUCAACGUUGAUAAGGAGAAGGCGUUCCAAGCUUACCAAAGUGCCGCAAAUGAUGGACAUAGUAACGCUCAAUUAUGCCUUGCAAGUUUAUACGAGAGUGGCGAGGGUAUUGGCGUUGAGAAAAAUGAAAUAAAGGCUUUUGAAAUUUACAAAGAAUUAUCUGAUUUGGAUUAUCUUAAAGCACAACUUAAACUUGGAUGGUGUUAUGAUUAUGGAGUUGGAACCACUAUGGAUAAAACAAAAGCCUUUGAAUUAUACAAAAUCAUUGCCGAAAAAGAAAAUAGCACGGGUCAAUUUAAUCUUGGUAUUUGUUAUUUAUACGGAUACGGAGUAGAAAGAGAUAUAGAGAAAGCAACUUAUUGGUAUAAAGCGGCAGCAGAUAAAGGAAAUAAGUUUGCGCAGUAUUAUUUAGGAAGAUGUUACGAAAUAGGAUCUGGCGUUGAUGUUGAUAUUGCCAAGUCUUUUGAAUUAUAUAUGAAAUCAGCACAAAGUGAAUGUGGUGACGCACAAAAAUGUGUUGGCAUUGCAUAUGAAAAUGGUCAAUUUAUUUUUAAAUAA